AAAAUUCUGAGAAGUCCAGUAUUUGACUGAAGUUUUUAUGGGAUUAAAAGAUCAACCCUUUAAUCCCAAUUCUAAAAUCACCAGCGCUGUUUCCAAUGUGAUCUGCACUGUGGUUCUGGGCAAGCGGUUCCACUAUGAAGACAGAAGGUUCAUUGAACUGAUGGAGUUGUUUGACGAGAACCUGAAGCUUCAGACUACAAUAUGGGCACAGCUGUACUCUUUAGUUCCCUUCAUCCGCCACCUCCCAGGACCACACCAGAAGAUAUUUGAAAACAAGGCCACCAUUGAAGCCAAACUUGAGGACUUCAUCGAGCAGCACCGGGAGACUCUGAACGGUGAAACUAUCCGGGAUUUUAUUGAUGCUUAUUUACUGGAGAUGGAAAAGGAACAGAAUUCUCCUAACUCUUGCCUGACGGAGGGAAUUCUACUUCAUAAUGUUUUUGACCUCUUUAUUGCUGGGACAGAAACAACAACAAACACUCUUCAGUGGGGUCUGCUCAUCAUGACGGCUUACCCGGACAUACAAGAGAAGUGUCAGCAGGAGAUAGAGAAGGUAAUUGGAUGGUCCCGUGCCCCAUCCAUGGAGGAUGUACCCAGCAUGCCGUAUGUCAGUGCUGUCAUCCAUGAGAUCCAGAGGUUUGGGAAUAUCGUGCCAUUAUCUGUUGGCCAUGCGACACUGCAGGACACAACCUUCAGGGGAUACUCGCUGAAAAAGAAAACCUUUGUCAUCAUAAACCUGGCAUCAGUUUUAUCAGAUGAGACACAGUGGAAGUACCCGAAAGAAUUUAAUCCUGAGAAUUUUCUGAAUGAGAAAGGGGAAUUCUUCAAGCCAGAGGCAUUUGUUCCAUUUUCAAUGGGACUGCGAGCAUGCCCAGGUGAAAAACUGGCCAGGAUGGAGCUCUUUCUGUUCCUCACUUCUCUACUUCGGGCAUUUGAGUUUUAUUGGCCUGACAGUUGCUCCUCUCCCAGCCUGCAACCCGAGUACCAGUUAACACUCAGACCACAGCCGUACAAGCUGGGGGUAAGGUGCAGAAAGGCGCCAGUUGACGGAGCAGCAAUUCCAUCAGAUGGGAUGAAGGAGACAGCUUCCAGGAAAACAGGGAGCACAUUUGAUGGGAAGAGCAGGAGGAGGACCUUUCCUCUUCUAUCCACCUCACCUGUUAAUGUUGACCAUGAAGCAAAGCCUUAGAUUCAUUCUCCUUGUUAUGUCAGGCUGCUUUGCAGUUCAAUCUCAGCUGCUCCCACUUCUGCCACACUCUGUCUACUGUUGCCUCCCCAACAUGCCUCUGUCUAGGUACUCACCCCCUUUGGUCACAUGACCUGAGCUUCUCCCAAUCAACAGGCCCUUCGGCCCAUCUAGUCCUUGCCUGCCACUGUGCACCACUCACGCUAAUUCCCAUUUUGUUCUCCUCACAUUCCCGUCAACUCACCCUGGAUUCUACCCCUCACCUACACACUAGGGGAAAUUUACAGCGGCCGAUUAACCCACCGACCCGCACAUCUUUGGGAUGUGGGAGGAAACCGGAGCACCCGGGGGAAACCCAUGCGGUCACAGGGAGAAAGUGCAAACUCCACACAGACAGCACCGGAGGUCAGGAUCUUGAAAUAAAAAUAGGAGACGCAGGAAAUACUCAGCAGGUCAGGUAGCAGAUGUGGAGGGAGAAAACAGUUAAUGUUUCAGGUUGAUGACCAUUCAUUUUAUUUUGUAACUACACUUAGACAUGCAGUAACACCACACAUACAGUAACCAUCCUGGAAAUGAAUCUUGACUCCAAACAUCACCCAUUUAUAAGCACAUAAUGAAGAAGGGCUUCAUUCAGUCCUCCUCUUUACAGACACACAAGCGGAUUCACGCCAAGGAGAGGCCAUUCACGUGUUUGGAGUGUGGGAAGGGGUUCACACACUCAUCCCACCUGCUGAGACACCAGCGGGUCCACACCGGGGCAGAGGCCGUUCACCUGCCCAAAUGCAGGAAGGGCUUCACUCAGUUAUAGUCCCUGCUGAUGCACUGGUCAACCCACAGCAGGGAGAGGCUGUUCACCUGCUCUGAGUGCAGGAAGGGCUUCAGCUGCUCCUCCUCCCUGCUGAGACACCAGUCCACUCACCACCGGGGAGAGGCCGUUCACCUGCUCCUAGUGCAGGACGGGCUUCACUCAGUCCUCCAACCUGCUGACGCACCAGCGGGUCCACACUGGGGAGAGGGCCGUUCACCUGCUCCGAGUGCGGGAAAAAAGUUCGGUGACUCUUUUCAACUGCUGAGGCACCAGUGGACUCACACUGGAUAGCGACUCUUUGCCCCCACUGCAUUGGAAGGGAUUCGCUGAAUCGUCCAAACUGCCAGUGAAGGGGGAGUAAGGUUAAACGUGCCCACCUGUGGAAUAUUGAAAGGUCACCGCUGCUGAGACACCAGUUCUGCGUUGGAUUCCGCAGGCAUGGUAGUGUAGCGGUUAGUGUAACGCUAUUACAGCGCCAGCGACCUGGGUUCAAUUCCCACUACUGUCUGUCAGGAGUUUGUACGUUCUCCCGUGUCUGCACGGUUUUCCUCCGGGUGCUCCAGUUUCCUCCCACAUUCCAAAGAUGUCGGGUUAGGAAGUUGUGGGCAUGCUAUGUUGACACUAGAAGUGUGGCGCCACUUCUGGGCUGCCCCCAGAACACUCUACGCAAAAGAUGUAUUUCACUGUGUGUUUUCGAUGUACAUGUGACUAAUAAAGAAAUCUUACCUUACCUUCUGGAACUUU